AUGGGUGGGAUCCUAUCUCGCACUGGGACCAAUACUUACUAUGCGAACUACGAGAAGGCAUUUGAUCGCUUAGAAAAGGAGAGCUCCAGGGUGCUGGACCGGCGUGUCAAGCGCCGUAAGAACAUGGACGCCUGCAGCAAUAUCGGCUUCUGGACCACAGCCAUGGGGCUGUGUCUCGCAAUCCUUGUGACGGCGUACCUGCAGCAGGUUGGUAGUCAGCGAUGGUACCAGAAGAGUGUUACCAUCCUGGGAGCAUGGGCAGUGCCGUUGAUAUCAGCACUGUUGUUUAGGGGCGUACUAUGGUCCCUGCGGUUCGUCGAGGCGCGGGACGAGCGCUUCUUGCGAAAGCUGAUGGAUGCUAAACGAAAAAUGAUCAAGGAUUUGAAGGACUCUACGAGGUUUGAACGUACGGCGGCACUGAUUAAGAAGUAUGACCCGGAUGAGCAGGCGCAUCAAAGCCCUCGCGCGAAUGCGACCGCGACCGCGAAUGCGACCGCAAACACAUCGACUCUGCGGCGGCGGUCCGUUACAGCUCCGCCGACUAACGGCAGUAGCCAUCCUACAACACCGCGCCCUGCGGCGUCAGCUGCUGUGACCGUCGCAACGGAGACAGGCAAAGCACUUAUGCCUAUGUUUGAAUCGCUGGCGAACAAUUUGGUCGGCGACAACCCAGUGUUGCUUCAAGAGGUUCAGCAGCUGAGGGACGAAAACGCUCUCCUUAAAGCCAGGAAUGCGGAGCUUGAGGUUCAGUUGGCCGAGAAAAAGGACACGGAACCGCCGUCGGAGACAGCUGAGAAAGCGCAGGUUGCAUCAUCCGGAUGAGGCCUUGGGGUGGGCUGUUGCAAUGACGCAUGGGAACCUCUUCCUGCGCUGUGCAGGAGGCUACAGAACCGAGUCUUCAUCUUUGAUAGCCAUUGUUCGGAUUCGAUAGGGACGGGUAGGCAUUGCUCGGGUUCGAUAGAAAGGAGGGAGAAGGCAUAUACAGGCCAUUGGGUUGCCCGGUAGAGCCGUUCAGCAGCUCUGGUUUCCACCUGGGCAUGUCAACGUUUCUCGCCUUGGGCGCACCCUUGUUGGGCAUCGCUGCGAAUAUACUUUUGCACUCUGUGGACCCGUACACAUGUUGGGCAACCGAAGGCGGUCGAUUUACAGCUUGGCAGCCCAAUGACUGAGCUAGGUGGUACGUUUAUUUGCAUAUGGAAAUCCGCGGCAGUUGUCAUGCGGCCUUGGGAUUGUUAACACGUGAUCUUCUCUAUGCGUACGACUUGACAAUGCCACGCAUAAGCACUCUUCGCCUGACGUUGCACGAGUUGGGCGUUGGGGCAAUUUAUCGCCCCUUCCAAAGAAGCUCCUCGAUACCCAGGAUGUCCAGCUCCUGCAUGGAAAAAUGAGAGAUGACUGAUACAAAAUGAUGUAAAUGACGGACGCA